GAUCCCACCGAUAUUGUCGAUGGAAAGCCCGUUGAAAGAGAUGCACCAGGUUAGUACUUAAUUACAUUAUGCUAUUAGUACGAACCAAAGGUUACAAUCGAUAAGAGUCUUGUUAUAUUCUGCACAGACAGUAUACUUAACUACGGCCAGAAUACGGCUUUGCAUGCCGAUGGCCAAGUUUCUACUGCCUUUUCUGUUAAACUUAAUAUAAGUCGCUGGAAAAUGAACAAAGUUUUCCCUUUAUACUUGACUUUGUGUAACUAGAUUUAAAACAACGUCGAGUAAAAUGAUUUGUUUUAUCGGUUGCAACCAAAGAAAAAAUGGAAUUAUUUCAAGGGGGUGGGAGUGUGACCAAAGAGCCUAAGGCGAACCUUUCUUGUAAUGAUUAUAAUCAUACAAAACGCUAAAUAAAUGGAAUCGGACCUUAUAUUCUUGCGGAAAACUUGUACAUUAAGAUUAACCGCUCUUUGUAAGCACUAUAGUUUCAGUAUUGUGGAGUGGCGCAUAGCCGCUAGUGUCUCGAUGUUUCUUGACAAUAAAUCUUCCCUAGGGAAAAAAUAUAAGUGAUAUUAAUAAAUCAAACAUCAACCUAAAAGAUCAUCAAAAAAGUAAUUUGUUUUAAUUGAUUUUCAAUCUUUUUUUAACAUAAGAAGUAUCUUAUCAAUGGCGAGCAGUUAGGAGCAGACGAUUUCGUUCAGGAUUCUACAAUUAUUGAAGGAGCGGAGCAAGCAGAUGAAAUGGCCCUACCGGCUGAGGAUUAUGGUAUUUUUUCUUUUUUUUUAUAAAAAAGGGAUCGUUUCGUAACUCUUUUGUUUAUUUGCAAUAUUUUCACACCAACCUGGUUUUUUGUACAACUUGUCUGAUGUAGUCUUCUUGGUAUUUAGCGUAGACGAGGGAAGUGAUCAAAUGCGAGAACCUGGAACGGGCAAACUUUUGUCCACCGUAAGCCGUUUUGUUGCAAAAGGCUUACUAUAUAGAAUCACUAAUAAUAGUAGCCACGCAAAAUUUUGCAUAAGAGUACUUAAAUGCAUAUAUACUGUACCAGCAGAGCAUUGACAACUAUCAAUUAUCAAUUACCGCGUUUCUAGGAUCAUGGAAAAAACAUCCCUUCAGCUGGUGUACAAUUGGAGGGCGACAGUUUUUGAGUGGAAAAUAUGGCGUGCCACAAACCUUUAAGCAGUGCGCUGCGCAAUGUGACAAAACACCAGGGUGCAAGGCGAUUGAAUUGUGGCAUAAGUACAACUGGAACUGUUACUGGUGCAAGAGAGCAGAUUUGAUCCAACCUUACACCAAUACAUGUGAUCUCGCCUACCCUGCACAUGUGUGGGUAAAACGUAAGAAAACUCUCUCAUUAUUUUAUUGAUAUCCCUACUAUAUUCAUUUGGAUUUUUGCACAUCUCCGAUGUGAAUAGUUCACUUCAAAUGACACUACAUUAAAAUGUGUAUCUCACUUAACAAAGAAUUUCAGGGUAAUAAACUAAUUUCUUGUUUUCGGAUAAUUAACAGAAACCUUUAACUAUUUUUUUUUUCUGUGAUAAAUGUUAUGCAUCAUUGGCUUUUUAUGAAUACUAAGUUAACCUUUCUGUAAGCGCGGCUUUGAUUAUACUGGCGAAAGAUAAAUGGAGGGAAAAAAUGCUUCGAAUGUUAUUUCAAAGAAAUAAUUUAAAAAGCAAUUAUCAGUCAUUAAAUAAUUAUUAUGCUAAAUAAAACAGCGCUCAGUUAGCAAAAGCUUCCAAAAGUAUAUGCAAAAGAGAUAUUACCUAGUAUACGAAUAGGCCUUAAGUUCUUCAAAUAUAGCACUUGAUCUAGGUUUUUUCAAUAGGUCAUUCAAGGUCUUUCUGGCAAAGUAUCGAUAAGAGUUUCGUGGUCCAGAUUGUGGUCUCUUCUUUAUCCUCCAUGUUGAUCUGCUUGAAGGGUAUUUUUGCAUAUCUCCGACGUGAAUAGCCGAUCAAUCAUCUUCUUUAACCUCCUAAUCCUUUUUACAACAGAUAGUAACUGAACAAAACAAAACAAUAAAAAUUAAUGGUGAAUGAUAGAAAAAGCUAUUAUAGUAGCAAUUUGGCAAGAGGUUUGGACUAUCUGUGAGACUAAUGGAACUGCGUUAUCUCUCUUGCUAUUAGAGUGGUAUUCGACACAGUUAACUAUGACAUUACUUUACAAAACGUCAAAUUAUAUGGCUUUAACUACAAGAUUAUGGACUGGCUUAGAUCGCAUCUUUUCAACAGAUGCCUAGUUUGACUAAUAGGCACAGCAUCUUCAAAACGAUGGCUGCGGACUAAUGGUGUCCCUCUAGGCUCUAUUUAAGGACCACUGCGCUCCGGAUCUUACUAAAACAAAUUGAAUAACAUUCCACCUUAUACUCUAAUUUACGGUCACAUGACGAGAAUCUCAGGCCCCAAAUGUGGAAAUCUGGUGCGAGCACGUUGACAGAAUUUGCAAGAGUCAGGGUCGUCUGGUGUUUUCUAUACCUUUCUCCUGGUUUCCUUCUUCCAUAAUAAAGUUUGUUCACGGAUAUUUGAAAACUAUUAUUUUACCAUAAAUAAAAGGUAAAUAAAAGCUAUAGCUAUUAGUAGUCUAUCAGUACCAUCUACACCGGUAAAGACAGGAAACAUUUUCAUAACAUACCCUCAGAUUAAAAACUUGUUACUCAUAACUGAUAUCUUUUUUUGUUACCUUGCAGUUGAUAAACCCGAAGGUAAGUGUAUCUGUCCCUAUCCUGAUAUAAGAAACAAAGGCCCUUUCCUAGCUUGAACUCAUAGAGAAAGUGGAAUAAGUUGUCUCGUUAAAACUUGCUUAGGUACCUUUCAAUAAUACACUGUUUCUCUAAAGCUAGUAGCCUGAAGUAACUACAUCUUAACGGCACUUGCCUUUCACUUAACAGAGUACAUUGUGUAAAUAGUUUGUAAUCUACUGGAGCUUGAAAACUCAUUCAUUUUGUAAACGAUCAUCAAUUAUAUUUAUAUUGUUCAAAAGGUUAAUUUUUCUGGCAAACUGACCUAUUGAUCGACUAUUAAGUAGUUUUUCGAUCAAACAGGGAUUAAGGGCUGCCCGGAAAAACGUAUAUUUUCAAAUGCGCAAAUCAUGGGGUGAGUUCCUUAGGCCAUUUUAAUAAACAAUUCAUAUCUUCCGCGCCAUUGUGUAUAAUAUAUAUCUACAUAUUUCCUUUGAUUUACUUGCCUCUUUAACUUCAUUUUUAGAAUGUACAAAGUACCAAGAGCUCAACGACUUCACUAGAGCACAGGGAUACAGCCGAGCUCUUUACAAAUGCGAUACCACUCUGGCUGCACAGCCUACUUGGUACAGAUUUACAGGGGAAUCAGGAAGCCAGAUGCCUACUUCUUGUGGUCCAACUAACCGCUGUGGAACCCACGCACCAGGUUGGCUUGCAGGAUGUCAUCCUCCCCCUGGUAAAAUUAGCACCGUCCUUGUCUGCUUUCACUGGCAUGGUGAUUGCUGCCGCUGGCAUACUUUCAUCCGUGUGCGUAAUUGUGGUGGGUUCUUUGUCUACGAGUUGAAGAAACCACCAGCCUGCUAUCUGCGUUACUGUGGAAAUUCAGGUCAUAAAUAA